GGGCCGCUCGCGCAUUGGACGCGGAACUUUUUCGAACGGACGCAUGGGGGGGAAAAAAAGAACCCCCCUGCGCGUCCAACUUCACCGCCUGAGAACAAAUACAGGUUCCCAGAGGCAGUGGUGGAAUGCAACCAGGCUGCUGGGAGGCCUGGUUUUACUGGAGCGUUUCCAGUCUGGAAAUGUCAACGGGUAUAAAUGUCAAAAGGAAAAGCUCUCUGUUCCACUCAAAUCAAAAACCUGGGGCUGAUUGGACCUUAUGACACCAAAACAUGAGCAGGUCUGUCAUGUCUAACUAGGCAUCCACUGCUUAAAUAGGGUAGAAAUCUGUCAGCAGCAUUAAAGAGACGUCCCACACUGAAAAGGUUAAGAUGGACAAAAGGACACAAACACUGACUGAGGAACAGUUUGGGGUGUCUGAACAAUAAAGCAGAGCAUUUGUAGGACAUGGUGGAGGUAAACGCAUGCUCUGAGGCUGCUUCGGUGCUCAGUUAGUGGGAAUGCACGGCAAAAACACAUUUGAAUUGCAUCUGUGGCCCAGCAGUAAAUGUCCAGAGUGUCAGGUGCCCAGCAGGGGGUGGUCUCCCCUCAGCACAGCUGCUGACCCUGCUCUUGUUCCUGAAUGACCGCUCCACAGAGGAGACCUCAGGUGAAAGUGCAGGUACUUUCGAUUGUGACAUUAAUAUCUUAGAAAUUGGCAGUAGAAGCUUUUAAGAAAAUAGUAAAAGAUUGUUAUGCAGCAUUAAGAAAUUAAAAAUAGAAUGAAGUGUUUAGAUGGAGUUUUUGUUAUCCUUAAACGUUCAUCUUAUCAAAAAGAGAAAACAAUCUCAGCUAAUGAAGUCGUGUGAUGGGUUCAACAGGAGUCGACCCCUAAGUGAGCUUCAGUUACAAACGUUUGCUCUCACGGCCGGACACAAACAAAGAGGCCAGUUAACUUUGAAAAGCUGCAUUUGUUGAUUUGACUUGCAAACAACCAAACUGACUUUUUACCAGCGGACACGUUGACAAUGCAUAGCAGCAGAUGCAGAGUGGUUACGCAACCAUUAGAGAGACGGUGCCUGACUGCUGGGUCAGAGCGGCUAUCAGGGAGGUCAAAGGUCAGGGGUUCACACAAAGUAAACUAAUUAAGAAUCCACUAUCGCUCCAUUUAAACCUUUAACGUCUGAUCGGUGCCUCCAUCGACCCGCCUGUGUUCUGUGUGAACGUCUACGUGACCGUUGCAUCAUCAUCAUCAUCAUCACACGUGGAUGCGAGGACCCGUUCCAUAGGCAGCACAGGAUCUGGUUUGAACCAGCGCAGAGCUGACACACAGACACACAGAGCAGCGGCCCGCUGGGGUGAGGAGCGUGCCUUUGUUUGCUGGACUCGCAUUCCUGCUCCUCCCCGCUCCGUCCCCUAUAAAAGCUCAGGCAGGGGCUGCAGCGCAUUCAGGUCCGCUUGCGUCCGCCCGAGGGGUCCUCACCACCAGCCCGGGCCCAGACCACCACGGCAGGAGCCAGCAGCCUCAACGCCCCCAUCCGCCACCGGAACCAGCCCACAAACAUGGCGCCCUUUGAGAAAUCCAUGGAGAUGAUGCCCUUCAAGCAGAGGAAAUGCCUCGCAACGAGAAAAGAUGAAGUGUGCAGCAUCCGCUCCAAAUUCCCCAACAAGUUGCCGGUGAUCGUUGAACGGUACAUCCGGGAGAAGACUCUCCCCCUGUUGGACAAAACCAAGUUCCUGGUCCCCUUCGAGCUGACCUUGGGUCAGUUCCUGUGCCUGCUCAGGAGCAAGAUCGCUCUGGACUCCAGCCAGGCCCUGUUCCUGCUGGUGGCGGAGAAGAGCGUGUCCUGCAUGUCCUCCAGCAUGGGCGAGAUUUACUCCCUCUACAGCGACGCCGACGGCUUCCUCUACUUCACCUACGCCUCUCAGGAGAUGUUCGGAGCACCUCACCCGGCACACAGGCCGCCGCACUGAGCGUCAUGCAUUCAACAAAAGUCUUCAAUAGUUGUGACACCACACGGUGGAAGCGGAGAGCAGCCCAGCGGGAGCCGGACGGGCCUUUGCUUCCAGCCCGGAGCCGUGAACUGGUGGCAUCCUGCCCCCGAAGCUCCAUGGACCUUUAAAACCUCUCCACCGUCCAUUUCUGUUGUGCUCAAAACCAGUGUGAGUUGGACGCGACUCACGCUAAUGAACUGUUUGUUCUGUUCUGGCCGCCUCGUGCGUUAAGUGCCAUGUGAUCUUAGCAGUAAAAGUAGAAAUCAAUCCACUGACCUGUUUUUGACUGAACUGUCAGAGCGAGUGCAGCGAUCGGCCUCUGGCUCUAGAUGUAAAGUUUUUCACUUCGGGUGUUUUCAUGUUGUUAUUGCAGGUCAAAACAAUCAUGUCUUCAUACUUCUGACAGAUCUUUCUGGGACUGAGACUCAUUCUUGGCACUUUAACCUCCCUCCUCUUCAUCGCUGACUUCCCUUAGAAAUGUGAACUUGUGAUCGGGCUCUUAAGACCCACAGCACAUGAAUGUUCAUUUAAUGUUCCUCUGAUGUUUUCCCCAUCCAGCUGUCAGUUUAUCAAUGAGCAAAUAAAUUCUUGUCCUUUCAUUUAAUAACUUGGACUGAGAAUUAUUCACGUUUUAAUAAAAACACCUCAUACAGUGAGAGAGCAUGUGUUAAGCCAGAUUUAGCUAAUGGCUCAUUUUAACCUGCAGUUCCUGGACAGACAUGUACAAGAAAUAGCACUUUAAUGGUUUGCAAAUUAAAAUAUCAAUAAAUAUAUGUUAAACACGAUCAAACAAAGACAUAACAUUAACUAUUAUUAUCAUUAACUACUGAACCCAGAGCACACACAGCCAGUCUGAC